CAACGGCUACAUUAACAAAACAAAAAUAAAAAAAUAAAAUAAAGUAAAAAUUGCACAACACGCCACGAUUGCCAACGCAAAAAGAUAAUGAUUGAAUUAAAAAUGAAUGCCGCGGUUGACAGCGCCGCCAAUAGCAAGCAAAACAAUAUAAGUGUAAAAUAUAAAAAGUGUAAAAACAAUAAUAGAAAUAGCUUAAACAACAACAGCAACAACGAGUGUUACAGCUGCAGCAUAGCAGAUAGCAAUAGUGCGCUGUUGUGUGUAGCGACAGUAGAACAACGAGUGCAAAACAGCGAACAAAUAUGGUUAAAUACCUUACAGCAACAAAAACAGCAAGCCGAUACAACCAACCACAGCGAAAGCAAGGAUGCGCACCACCACCAACAAUACUACGACCACCAUCACCACCGCCUCCAACACUCACAACAACAGCAACAGCAGCAGCAGCAUUUACAUGACCACCGGCAGCAGCAGCAGCAGCAAUGUUUGACAACAGUGCGUUAUGCGGAGCAUGUGCAACAACAAAACGAACAGCAUAAGCAGCCAUUUCCGAUACACGCGCCUGAACAUCGGCAGCAACAAUUUAAUCAACAACAGCCAAAACCUGAAGGCCGCCAGCAGCAGCAGCAACAACAACAACAACAUCGACAACGACUACGUCGAUGGCCAACACAUUGUUAUGCGGAUACAAUACGCUGUGAAACCAGCAACAAUGAGAGUAGCAGUAGUAACAGCGAAAUCGACAGCGACCAUACCACCGACAGGAGUAAAUUUAAUCCAAUGCAAGCAUCGCUGCACUCAUUCACUACUUCAUCAUCGACCACAUCCACGUCAUCCACCACAACGUCGUCUUCGUAUGUUUCAUCGUCAACGCGCGGUUGCACGUCGUCAUCAACAGUGACGGCAGCAGCAGUAAAUGCGGUGGCGAGUGCGGUGGGGAAUUUGCGUGGCUUAUAUGCAUUUACAACUGCCACAACUACCUCGCAAGCUGCAACUCCUACACUAUAUUUGUGGUGGCUAUUUGGUGUGUGUUUAAUACUAUUCACAAAUGGUGGACGUGACUGGCGGUCAACGGCAUUGACGCGUACUACAUUUAUGGUGGCAGCCUCGUAUUUGGAACCGGACGAACUGAUACACGAACUGGAUAGACCAGGUGAGUGGUCAUAA